AUGGGUAUCCUGACUGUGAGGGCCCUGAGGCAUGAGCAAGCAAAAGACGUGGGCCAGAGGCCACACGGGGUCUUGCUGGACAGGGCUGCCGGAGCCACCAUUGUGAGUUGGGGCCCGAUCAGAAAAAGACCCCUGAAAGGAAGGGAUUAUGAGAGUAAACGGAAUAUUCGCAUCCUGGACCCCUCUGGAGACAAAUAUUACUACUGGCUGAUGCUGAUGGUGCCCCCCAUCCUUUACAACUGGGUCAUCCUCAUCUGCAGGUUCUGCUUCCCUGAGCUGCAGCAGAGGUACCUGCUGCUCUGGCUGGCCUUGGACUACCUCUGCGACCUGCUCUACCUGCUGGACAUCGUGGUGCAUUUCCAUACAGGCUUCCUGAAAGAAGGGUUUCUGAUUCAAGACCGCGCCCAGAUCUCCCGGAGGUACCGCUGGUCCUCGGCCUUCCUGUGGGACCUCCUCUCCGUGCUGCCCACCGACCUCCUCUACCUGCACGUGGGGCUGGGCAGGCCGGAGGUCCGAGCCAACCGCUUCCUGCGGAGCCCCCGCUUGUUUGAGGCCUUCGACCGCAUCGAGACCCGCACGGCACACCCCAACUCCUUCCGCAUCUCCAAGCUGAUGCUCUACGUCUUCGUCACCAUCCACUGGAACAGCUGCGUCUACUUCGCGCUCUCCGGCCUCAUCGGCUUCGGCACGGACGAGUGGGUCUGCCCCAACGGCAGCCUGCCCGGCUUCGACCGGCUCCUCCGCCAGUACCUCUACAGCUUCUACUUCUCCACCCUCAUCCUGACCACGGUGGGCGACACCCCCAUGCCCCAGCGGGAGGAGGAGUUCCUCUUCAUGGCCAUCGACUUCCUCCUGGCCGUCAUGGGCUUCGCCACCAUCAUGGGCAGCAUGACGUCCGUCAUCUCCAACAUGAACCUGGCCGACAAGGCCUUCUACCCCAACUACGACCUGGUGAAGGACUACCUGCACUCCCGGCAGGUCAGCCGGCAGCUGCAGCACCGCGUGGUCGACUGGCAGCAGCACCUGCAGAUGAACAAGAAGAUGACCGGCGAGCUGCAGAUCCUCCAGCACCUGCCCGAGCGCCUGCGAGCGGAGGUGGCCAUCAGCGUCCACCUGCCCACCCUCCGCAAGGUCCAGAUCUUCCAGAGCUGCGAGCAGAGCCUGCUGGAGGAGCUGGUGCUCAAGCUGAAGCCGCAGGUCUACAGCCCCGGGGAGUACGUCUGCCGGAAGGGGGACAUCGGCCGGGAGAUGUACUUCAUCCGUGAAGGGCAGCUGGCCGUGGUGGCGGACGACGGCGUCACCCAGUACGCGGUGCUGGGGGAGGGGCUGUACUUUGGGGAGAUCAGCAUCAUCAGCAUCAAAGGGAACCAGUCCGGGAACCGCCGUACGGCCAACAUCAAAAGCAUCGGCUACUCGGACCUCUUCUGCCUCUCCAAGGAGGACCUCAAGGAGGUCUUGGCCGAGUUCCCCAACGCCAAGGCGGUGCUGGAGGCCAAGGGCCGGGAGAUUCUGCUCAAGAUGAAGAAGCUGGAUGUCAACGCUGAGGCGGCCGAGAUCGCCAAGCAGGAGGAGGAGGAGCGACGGACGGCGGCCCUGGAGGACGGGCUGGAUGUCCUGCAGACGAAGCUGGCCCGUGUCCUGGCAGGGCUGGAGUCCAGCGCCUUCAAGAUCGCCCUGCGCCUGGAGCGCCUGGAGUGGCAGGUGCAG